AGCAAAAUAAGUACAUAGUAAUUUAACCUAGCAAAUUCUACCCUGUAAAAAAAAGGUAAAUCGAAUUUAUGAUGGUUAUGCGAAGGCAAGACAAAAACAGAGCAACCUUCCUUUCUUGCUACAAAGGCAACACUUACAACAAGAGCCGACCCCACUCAUAAUCCGACUUCCUAUUUUUCUUCACUCAUCAAUUCAAUUGAGAAAAAGGCGCUACACGAUCCAACAUUCUAACCUCCCUUCUCCUUCAAAUUAAAAACUAUAAAACGCGCUCACAUGGUGGAUCCCUUCCCUUCAUCUCCUCACCCAGAGUUCUCUCAUUACCCUAUCUUCCGCAUUCCCCUCUUCAGGAAAAAUCCCCUCCCUUCUUCUUCACCUUCCUUCCCAUUUUCUUAUUCAGUAUAUCGAAGUUCGAGCUAAAGAGGGAAAUAGUAUUGAAUUCCCAGUCGAACUUGCCAAACUACUGCUUGCAUUUAUAGCCUACCCUAUUGUUUAUUUCAACGGAGAGGCCACCACUGCCGUUCUUACCAGACACAAAGAAACAGAGUCAGAGAAAACUUAAUCAUAAACAUUCAGAGAGGAAAGGGAUUUGGGGGGUUUUUGUUUCAGUAUGUUGAGGCCUCUGUUGCUACUACUUCUCUGUUCUACGAUUUGGGUUUCUUCAGUCACAGCUGCUGUUACUUAUGACAGUAAAGCCAUCGUCGUCAAUGGAAAGAGAAGGAUUCUCCUCUCUGGCUCCAUUCACUACCCCAGAAGCACUCCCGAGAUGUGGCCUGAUCUCAUACAGAAGGCGAAGGAUGGAGGAUUGGAUGUGAUUCAGACUUACGUCUUCUGGAAUGGGCACGAGCCUUCCCCUGGACAGUAUUACUUCGAGGACAGAUACGACCUUGUGAAGUUCGUGAAGCUGGUUCAACAAGCGGGUCUCUACGUUAAUCUCCGGAUUGGCCCUUACGUUUGUGCUGAAUGGAAUUUCGGAGGAUUCCCUGUUUGGCUCAAGUAUGUGCCAGGAAUCUCCUUCAGAACUGACAAUGGACCCUUCAAGGCGGCAAUGCAAAAGUUCACAGAGAAGAUCGUCAACAUGAUGAAGCAAGAAAAGCUCUUUGAACCUCAGGGAGGCCCAAUUAUUCUUUCCCAGAUUGAGAACGAGUUGGACCCGGUGGAGUACGAUAUCGGCGCGCCGGCGAAAGCCUACGGACAAUGGGCGGGUAAAAUGGCGGUGGCGCUCAAUACAGGAGUCCCAUGGAUUAUGUGCAAGCAAGAGGAUGCUCCUGACCCUGUGAUAAACACCUGCAAUGCAUUCUACUGUGAGAACUUCAGGCCAAACAAGUCAUACAAGCCUAAGAUGUGGACUGAAGCCUGGUCGGGUUGGUUCACAGCUUUUGGAAGCCCAGUCCCAUACAGACCAGCAGAAGAUCUUGCAUUUGGUAUUGCGAGGUUCAUUCAGAAUGGUGGCUCUUAUGCCAAUUACUACAUGUACCAUGGAGGGACAAACUUUGGUAGAACAGCAGGUGGACCCUUUGUGGCCACAAGCUAUGACUAUGACGCCCCUCUUGAUGAAUAUGGUUUGACAAAUGAGCCCAAAUACUCACACCUUAAACAAAUGCAUAAAGCAAUCAAGCAAUCUGAAACUGCUCUGGUUUCUGCUGACGCCACUGUUAGAUCACUCGGUAAAAAUCAAGAGGCUCAUGUGUACAGCUCAAAGUGGGGUUGUGCCGCAUUCCUGGCAAACUAUGAUGUGAAUUACGCAGUCAAGGUCAAGUUUGGAAAUGGUCAGUAUGAUCUCCCAGCUUGGUCAAUUAGCAUACUGCCUGAUUGCAAGACUGAAGUUUACAACACUGCAAAGGUUUCAGCUCCAAGAGUGCACAGGAAGAUGACGUCUGUGGGUGGAUUUACAUGGAACUCAUACAUCGAUGAGGUUACUUCUGGUUUCGCCAGUGAUACAACCACACUGAAUGGAUUGUGGGAGCAACUUUACGUGACCAAAGAUUCUUCGGAUUACCUUUGGUACAUGACAGAUAUCAAGAUAGGAAGCAACGAGGCAUUCCUGAAGAAUGGAAAUGACCCUGUUCUCACGGUCCAAUCAGCUGGCCAUUUUGUCAAUGUUUUUGUCAAUGGUAAACUCAUAGGAAGCGCUUAUGGCAAUAAAGACGAUCCUAAGUUGACUUUCAGCCAGAGUGUCAAGCUAAACAUUGGUGUUAACAAGAUCGCGUUGCUGAGUGCUUCAGUUGGUCUUGCGAAUGUUGGCGCACACUUUGAGAACUACAACGUUGGGGUUCUUGGUCCAGUCACACUGAAGGGAUUGAAUCAGGGUACAGUUGACAUGACAAAAUGGAAAUGGUCUUACAAGGUUGGUGUGCAAGGUGAGAAAUUGCAGUUGAACACCAUCACUGGAAGUUCAUCUGUGGAAUGGUCGGAUUCAAAGAUGUUAGCUAAAAAACAGCCACUGUCAUGGUACAAGACAACUUUCAAUACACCGGAAGGGAACGAGCCAUUAGCGCUAGACAUGAUCAGCAUGGGGAAAGGCCAGGUAUGGAUCAAUGGGCAGAGCAUAGGACGAUACUGGCCUGCAUAUAAAGCAGAAGGCAACUGCGGCACCUGCUAUUACGGUGGUUACUUCUCUGAGAAAAAAUGUCUCUCCAAUUGUGGACAGCCUUCACAAAGAUGGUACCAUGUUCCGCGUUCAUGGCUGAAAGCAGGCGGUAACUUGAUGGUUGUGUUUGAAGAAUGGGGAGGAGAUCCGACAGGGAUUUCUAUGGUGAAGAGAAGCUGAACUGAAGAUAAGUAUGAAGCAUAAGCUGCACACUCACAGUUAUGGUUAGUGGCCGAAGGCCUCAAGGAGCCAAAAUUGUGCGGUGCUGGGAUAUUGUACAGGAAAUACCUGCAUGAUUUUCUUUACACCAUAAGGUAGUUAGGAUGA